CGGACACAAAUAGACAAAUAUUACUUAGAUAUUUUCUCUUUCGGCGCGAGGUUAUCUGCUAGAAACAAAGGCAAUGCUCAUUCCAGUAUGUUCUCUAGUUCAAUGUAUUGAUUAACAUGUAAUACGAUUGUCUCCGUUACGAGUCGCCACUUGCUUUCAAGGAGGAGUUGAGCACGUAAUACGACUCAACGACGAGUGAGACGCGUAAUUUCACUAUUUUCAAUUUCUUCGAUUCACCCAACAAGACUUUUUAUAUCUUUACGUGAUACAUACGUCUCAACGACCAGUCAAAUAUACUUUCAUGCUUGAACAAUUAUUCUUUUCAAUCAUGAAAAAAUGGACAACGUUCAACGAGCUGUAACUGUGGCGAUAAAAAGAUAUAAUCAUUUAAGGAUUGCAGCAGUUAAAUACUAACGCUUUAAUUUAUAGUUGAAAAUGGCACAAGUAACAGUAAGCAAACAUAAUAUCCAUGAAAAAUCAAUGCAUCAUACCAUAACAAUGGAAGCUGAACCUUUAAAAGAUAUGAUGAAAAUUGGUAAUAAAGUAAAUAUAAAGUUAAAUAAAAUUUACAAGUCAUUGGCAAGCCAAAAUUAUAAUCAAAGAGAAUUUAAUAACGCCAAUAAACAUAUUUGCAUAAAGCGAGGAAUAAUAUGGUUCUGCCUUGGCUCUGGUUUCAUAAUUUUUUCAUUGAUGUUCAUAUUAUCACUGGCUGGCAGCAUAAGUCAGCAUAUAUUACAUGUAGAUCAUUCAGACAUAUAUAUUGAGGAUGAAUACGAUUAUGAGGAAAUCGUUUUAAAAGAAGUAGAUAAUUCAACUGGAAAAAAUACAGCUUUUAUCUGUGAAGUAUGUGAUAAUAUCCCUGAAAUACUGCGUUUCGAUUGUCAUCCAGAGGAUGGUGCAUCGGAACUUUCUUGCGCAAAUAGAGGAUGUUGUUGGAAACCCCUUGACAAGUUUAAAACGACAGAACAUGUGCCGCUGAAUGUUCCAUAUUGUUAUUAUCCUGAAAAGUGGAACUUGUAUAAAUUUAUUAAUUAUAGUCGAGAUGACAAUGGUUUCUCAGGCUUUCUUGAGCAAAAGUGUAGAUCUGCGUACAAGGAUGAUGUGUCUCUUGUGAAGAUAGAAGCUACUGGUGUAGACAGUUCAAUUUUACGUGUGAAGAUGUAUGAUCCUUUGAAGGCGCGAUAUGAACCACCAUGGCCGAUUAGAUCAGACACAAAACCGUUCUUAUCUCAGAUCGCUGACGUAAAGUAUCAAUUUAAGAGUGAUAAUGUGAGACCUGGUUUUACAAUUAAUAGAGUUAGCGAUGGCACAACAUUGUUCAAUUCCAUUGGAAUCGGAGGUUUUAUCUUUUCCGAUCAGUUUUUGCAAAUAAGUACAUUGCUUCCCACAACCAACAUUUACGGCAUUGGUGAGCAUGAAUCGAGCUUAAAGUUAAAUACUAAAUGGCAGUCAUUUACAUUGUUCAACAAAGAUCAACCACCAACAGAAAAUGCAAAUUUGUACGGAUCUCAUCCGUUUUACAUUGUCGUUGAAGAUUCUGGUAUGGCUCAUGGAGUUUUAUUUUUAAACAGUAAUGCUAUGGACGUAAUAUUGCAGCCUACACCAGCUCUAACGUUCAGGACAAUCGGUGGCAUUUUUGAUAUUUAUUUCUUCUUGGGGCCUACUCCGGCAGAUGUUGUAAGACAGUAUUCUGAAAUCGUGGGCAAACCGUUCAUGCCGCCUUAUUGGUCGCUUGGCUUUCACUUAUGCAGAUAUGGAUAUGGAGACUUAGAAAACACCAAAGCAGUAUGGAACCGAACAAGAGCAGCUGGAAUCCCAUUUGACAUUCAAUGGAACGAUUUGGACUAUAUGGAUAAAAAUAACGAUUUCACUUACAAUAAGGACACGUUCAAGGAUUUGCCGAAAUUUGUGGAAGAGAUUCACUCGGCUGGAAUGCGUUAUAUUCCCCUGAUCGAUGCCGGAAUAUCUGCUUCCGAGGACAAUGGCUCUUAUCUCCCGUAUGAUGAAGGUAUAAAACAGGACAUAUUCAUAAAAGACGGUAUGUCGAACGAACCUUUCACCGGCAAGGUCUGGAAUCUCAUUUCUACGGUGUGGCCUGAUUUCACAAAUCCGAAAACGAUCGAUUAUUAUACAGACAUGAUGAGCAAUAUGCACGAUAGCUUCGCGUAUGAUGGUGCAUGGAUCGAUAUGAACGAGCCAUCCAAUUUCUACAACGGUCACGAAGACGGUUGCCCGUGCACAUUUCUGGAUUACCCUGAAUACCUACCCAACGUCGUCGGUGGUUUGCUCGCCGCGAAGACUCUGUGUAUGAAUGCAAAACACUAUUUAGGCACUCACUACGAUCUCCACAAUACUUACGGGACGAGUCAAGCGAUUGUCACGAAUUAUGCCCUCAGUAAAAUCAGACAGAAGAGACCGUUUAUAAUAUCGCGCUCGACGUGGGUGGGACACGGUCGUUAUGCCGGCCACUGGACGGGCGACGUUUAUUCGUCAUGGCACGAUAUGAAGAUGAGCAUUCCAGCAAUCUUAUCGGUAAAUUUCUACCAAAUCCCCAUGGUAGGCGCUGAUAUUUGCGGAUUCAAUGGCAACACAACCGCUGCGCUGUGCAACCGUUGGAUGCAGCUUGGCGCCUUUUAUCCGUUCUCUCGAAAUCACAAUUCCGAUGAUACGAUCGAACAGGAUCCAGUCGCUUUGGGCGAUUUGGUUGUACAAUCCUCGAGGAAUGCUUUCAAGAUACGUUACCGGUUCUUACCGUAUUUAUAUACGUUGUUCUUCAAAGCUCAUCUGUUUGGCGACACGGUGGUGCGCCCGUUAUUCUUUGAGUUCACCUACGAUACGCAGACUUACGACGUUGAUACGCAGUUUCUCUGGGGAAGUUCGCUCAUGAUUAAUCCAGUUCUCGAAGAGGACGCAGAUAAUAUAACCGUUUACAUCCCACGCGGAUUGUGGUAUGAUUAUUACACCCUCGCGUCCUUCUUCUCCAUUGGGAAGCACUUCACGCUGCCCGUGUUGCUCACUGAAAUACCGCUAUUGAUUCGCGGCGGCUCGAUACUCCCAGCACAGAAGCCGGCUGCGACUACGACCGAGAGCAGGAAGAACGAUUUUGAAUUAUUGGUGGCUCUGAACGAAGCCGGUUACGCCGAAGGAGAACUCUAUUGGGACGAUGGUGAUAGUCUAGAUUCCAUCGAAAAGAACGAGUAUCUGUGGUUGUCUUUCAAUGCGUUCUCAAAUGUAUCGAAGUUACUAAGCGCGAGAAUGGACGGCAUUUUCAACGACGAAGUGACUCUUGGCAGAGUCGAGAUCUUGGGAAUAGCUCCGGUCGUAAUGGUUCGCUUAAACGACAAUCCCGUCAGAUUCGCGUACAAUUUCGACACGAAGAAUUUGAGUAUCUAUGAUUUCCAAGUGGACAUGAAGCAACCGUUCGUAUUUACUUGGACUUACACGACAUUUCUGUGAAACCGUACGGGAUCCAACUUUGGGGAACUGCCAAAGAAAGUACAUUAUUGAACGGACAUUAUUGAACGCUUCCGAACAUUACGUAUCAUACUUAAUAUUCCCUACUAUAUCAGUAAUAAAUGUAUCUAUGAAGAUCUGAAAAUCAACACAGAUCAGAGAUAAUUAAAUACAGGGUAAAAUAUGUCUUACUGAGCACUCCCAAUGACUUGGUCUCAAAACUACUCGACUCAAGGAACAUUCGCUUUAAAAGGUUGAAGAGACCUAACAAACAGAGAUUUUGAAUCCUCUAGGAAAACUUCUAAUAUAGAUAGGACUCGUUGGAAUUCUGACCAGUGCCAAAUCACAGAAUAACAGAACCUCUGUUCGGACAACGUUGUUAAGUCACACUGAUUCGAACUUUUAACGUAAAUCUUGUCAUAAUCAAUGUGAUGUAAAGAUCUGCUUGCUACAAUAUGCACCGGUGCUUGCUAUAAUGUGAUAUAGUUUAUGUAUAAAUAGUAUUACCGGGCGAUAUGAUUGACAAAUUUUCACUCGUGGGAAUAAACGAGAUGGGGUUUGACAAACGGAGACGAGCGAAUAAAGAAACGUGUUUAUUCAAAUCUUCUCGUCUUUACAAUAUAUUAAUGUACAAAUAUAUGCCUGAGUUUAUGGCACUAAAGAGAGGAAAAACAAUAAAUAGUACUACGACCGCUGUUGUACCGAAUGUACAGGCACAGGAGAAAACGAUCGAAAUAUCUUCCGCGAUAUCGAGCAAGAAAAAAGAAGGAAAAACGCGAGAGAGGAAUAACAAAAUUCACGGAGGUAACCACGUAGCUUUUUAUUCGCUUUUGGUACCGUAACUGAAAACCACUGAAAUAUGCUAAGUCGACUUGGUCGAAGUAGGAAGACGCAGUUUCCCCCAAUGGCCGUGCGAGGCGCAACUCACCUUUUCGACCUCGAUCUAUAUUCAAAAUGCACUCCGACCCUCAUUUGCAAGCGCCGGUCGAAGCGAGUAGAUUUCGAUCUUCUGAAUAAAUGUUAAAACGAUAAGUCACCGCGUGCGUCGUAUGCCUCGUUCAUGUUAACGCAUAAGGCACGCGCGCUCGCAAACGCGGCCUCUUCUUCCUUCUGUUCUCUCGUGUAAUAAACGACGCACGCGAAAUGUACUUCUCACUCUCUCGAUACCUGUGCUAGUAAUAAGAACAUGGAAAUUAUUGGCGAAUAAGUUCGUGGGGAUUUUCGCGAAGGAUUUAAAGUUGAUAUUUUUACAGCCGGCCGUAACUUUAUUCAAUAAUACAUCAGCCGUUUUUUUAUGACAGGAAGUUAUCGAAAAAA